AUGUCUGCCUUUGGAUGGUCAAAGUCUCCCCCUCCCCCACCCCCACGCCCCCGCAACCCAUACGCUACGGCUCCUGAGUCGCCACCUGACUUUUCCCCACGCUCGGCAGCAGAAGCAGCAGCCCUUUACCAGGCCUACCCCGGGGCCUUCACGGACUUCUGGGGCCUGCCUUCGAACCCCAUCUCUCUCUUCAAGACGGGUGUCGCCUUCCGGCAACUCGAGGGCCCGGGUCAAUUCCGACUGCGUCGCAAGCUCGUACCUGUCACCAGGGACCAUCCUGUCGCCCCGUACUGGCCGGAGAUAUGCCCCAAUAUCGAAAGCUAUUUAAACCAACGCUCGGUGUGGUGGACUUCAAUCGAUCCCGUCCGCUUCGCGGAGCAGGCCGACCAAAGGCUCUCCGGGCCGCCGCAGCACUUGCCCGCCGUAUAUGCCUGGGUGGGAGUUCGCCCGCGGACCCUCACGCCGGCCAUGGCCAAGAGCGUAGCGCUGGGUAUCAAAGCCAUGCUUGCGGAACAUGGAUACACUAAUCUCAACCUUGAAGUCGCCUUUCGGGAGGCAUGUCUAUUCAACCACGCCAUGCUGCCGUGGACAUACCCCGACCCUGCUGCACCUCGGCGCCACGUUGUCACCCCGCUCCUCGGCAUGGCAAUCGGCAUCGAUCAAACCGAGCGCGAGGGAACUGGAGCAGUGUACUAUCGUGUCGGUGGCGCGAUUAUGCUUCUCACGGCUGCCCAUGUCCUGCUGGACCCCACGCCUAUAGCCCACAACGUGGGCUACGAUUACAAAGACGCCACACAGCCAAAGAUCCUAGUCUCGGCGCCCGGAAACAAGGCGUUCAAGUCUUUGGAGUCGGGCAUCAAGAACGAGAUAGAGCUUCUAAACAUGUGUCGGAAAGCUGCGCUGAGGGAAUCGGCCAACCCGCAAAACAGCGCAGACCACAGGGCGUACUAUCGGUCGUACGUCUCAACGACCGAAGGCAGUAUCCGCAUCCACCAGGUCCUCCAGUCCCAGGUCGCCAGCAUUAGAGGCAACCUAGAUCUAGGACACGUCCGCACCGCGGAUCCGAUUAUACAUUCCGACGGCGGCUACCGAUACACGCGCGAUUGGGGGUUCGUGGAGGUCGCGCCGUCCAACAAUGCUGCGAUCACCGCAGUAGGCAACCGUGUGUUCAUUGGGGACAUUGAGUCGCCCGAAUUCAUGGCAAAGAUGUAUCCGCGCCCAGACGAGCGCCCUAUCCACAACGUUACCGAGCAAGGAUACAUCCAGGUGCGUGGCAUCGUCCCGCAAGCGGGGCUCAGCGCACCGCGUGAGCACGACGCCGCCGGGAAGCCUGCCCUGCAUGUGUUGAAGAACGGACGGACGACGCAGACCACCUUGGGCGUCCUGAACGGCUUGGAGUCUCGGACACGACAGACGGCGGGGGGCCAGGUGAAGACUUCCUCCGAGCUCAUGGUCGUCUCCACCCAAAAGCAUGGCAUCUUCUCGAAGAAGGGCGAUUCGGGGGCCGCCGUGCUUGACCGCCGCGGCGGGCUCGUGGGCUUGCUCACCGCCGGCAGCGGCAGCGACGGCCAGCACGCUGACGUCACCUACAUGACACCAUUUUGGUGGCUCGACCAAAUCAUCAAGGCACGCUUCAAGAACGCGCAGCUGAUGGUCCCUUGA